GGGAAAAUCGAACAAUGAGAUUAAUCAGGGAAUUGGGAUUUGUCUGUUUCCCAUAAUCUUGCGGACGGAAGUGAACGAAUCACCCAUUCAUCACACCGCUGCCCGGAUAAGUGGCCUCGCAAAGUUUUCCACAAGUUUAGUCAGCAGAGAAUCAUAUAAAAUUCAAAGCUCUGGGCCUUUUGGAUUUUGCAAAAACUCCACAAAAACUUGACUCCAGUCUUCCCCGUCGCUGGCCGGUUCUUAAUUUCUCAAGUUUUUGUUACCCGGUUGCUUUUUGUUGACAGUUUUGCAACGAUUAGGGUCAUGGGAAGCCACAGAGUUCCGCUGCUUGAUCGUGGGGGACGGCGAAAGAGCCCAUUGGAAGAUCGUGAGUUGACUGACCUGGAGCAUGGGGAUGCUGUCCCGCCUGCAAAUGUUGGAUUUGGCAGAGUACUUUCACUUGCAAAGCCUGAAGUGGGGAAGUUGACAAUUGCUACCGUUGCUCUUCUGAUUGCUUCCACGUCAAGUAUAUUGAUACCAAAAUUUGGUGGAAAGAUUAUUGACAUUGUAUCUGGAGAUAUUGACACACCCGAACAGAAAAGCAGAGCUCUGAAGGAAGUCACGAACACCAUUGUAUACAUUACAACAAUCGUCUUAGUUGGUUCAGUAUGCUCAGCUAUUCGAGCUUGGUUAUUUUCUUCUGCUAGUGAGAGGGUUGUUGCUCGCUUAAGGAAGAAUUUGUUUACACAUCUUCUCAAUCAGGAAAUAGCCUUCUUUGACAUUACUCGAACAGGAGAACUUCUUAGUAGGCUAUCUGAGGAUACCCAAAUCAUUAAGAAUGCAGCAACUACAAAUCUCUCUGAGGCCCUAAGAAAUCUAUCUACUGCAUUAAUUGGGUUGACCUUCAUGUUUUCAACUUCUUGGAAAUUAACACUAUUGGCUUUGGUUGUUGUCCCUGUUAUUUCUGUUGCUGUUCGUAAAUUCGGUCGCUUCCUUCGUGAACUUUCUCACAAAACUCAAGCAGCAGCUGCUGUAUGUGCUUCAAUUGCUGAGGAAUCUUUUGGUGCCAUACGAACCGUCAGAUCUUUUGCUCAAGAAUCCUAUGAGAUAUCGCGAUACUCUGAGAAAGUUGAUGAGACAUUGCAACUUGGACUUAAACAAGCUAAAGUUAUUGGAUUAUUCUCUGGAGGUCUCUAUGCGGCAUCGACCUUAUCUGUUAUUAUUGUUGUGAUAUAUGGGGCUAGUUUGACAAUCAAAGGGUCCAUGACCCCAGGAGCUCUGACAUCCUUCAUCCUUUAUAGUUUAACAGUUGGAACCUCCGUAUCUGGGUUGUCUGGAUUGUAUACUGUAACCAUGAAAGCUGCUGGAGCUAGUAGACGAGUUUUUCAGCUUCUGGAUCGUGUAUCGACAAUGACAGAUUCGGGAAAUAAGUGCCCUAUUGGCGAUGAAGAUGCAGAAGUCGAGUUGGACGAUGUCUGGUUUGCAUAUCCGUCCCGCCCUAAUCACACUGUACUGAAGGGAAUAACAUUAAGACUGCAGCCUGGCUCCAAAGUAGCUCUCGUUGGUCCGAGUGGUGGUGGAAAAACCACAAUAGCAAACCUGAUCGAAAGAUUUUACGAUCCAACUAAAGGACGGGUUCUGAUAAAUGGGGUUCCUCUGGUAGAGAUAUCACAUGAUCAUUUACACAAAAGGAUCAGUAUAGUCAGCCAGGAGCCUAUUCUUUUCAACUGCUCCAUAGAGGAGAACAUAGCCUAUGGUUUAGAUGGCAAAGUUGACAGCACUGAUGUAGAAAAUGCAGCUAAAAUGGCAAAUGCACACGACUUCAUAUCAAACUUCCCUGAAAAGUACAAAACCCAUGUUGGAGAACGCGGCGUAAGGCUAUCGGGCGGUCAGAAACAAAGAGUAGCUAUUGCAAGAGCGCUGCUUAUGAACCCGAGAAUUCUCCUUCUGGAUGAAGCGACAAGUGCUCUAGAUGCUGAAAGUGAACACCUAGUACAGGAUGCAAUGGAUUCUUUGAUGAAAGGCAGGACCGUGCUAGUCAUUGCUCAUAGGCUAUCUACUGUCAAAACAGCAGACAUCGUGGCGGUUGUUUCAGAUGGUCAAAUUGUCGAAAGCGGAACACAUGACGAACUCCUUAGCAGGGAUGGUGUCUACACUGCACUGGUGAAGAGGCAACUGCAAGAUACAAGAUCAUAAGUGGCAAAUGGAAUCUACAUAUCAGAAAUCAUUUUUGCUUCAAUGACUGAAAGAAGCUUAAUCCCUGUUCUUCUUCCACAAAACUCCGAAAGUUCCUAUUUCAUUUAGUUAUGAGUUUUUCUUUUUCUAUAAGAAAGAUGUUUGUGUUUUACAUUUGAUAGUGGGAAACCAAGGUCUUACAGUCAACAGCUCAGCAAGAAAUUCUCCAGGAUUAUGUAAUUCUAACACAAAAUGCUGUUUAGUUGACAGAGAACUGUGUAAACUUUCUGAGAAUACUCAAAAACAGAAAUUAAACAGAAAGUGAAAGAACAUCAUUAAUAAAUUUGAAAUUUCCUCAA